AUGGCGCGCGGAAGUACUCGACUAGCAGCACUAGCCCUGCCGCCCCUUCUCCUCGUCCUCCUUAUCGCAACCCGCGCAGCAGCAGUCGAGCAGUACGGCGUGUGGGAUAGCAAGUUCACGGGCACGCUCUCCUUGAUUCAAGGCGAGGACGGCGGCUCGUGCGGCUACGGCAAGACGAACGGCGUGCGGCCGUACAAUCUCCCCACCAUCGCGAUUUCCUCCAAGCUCUACGAGAACGGCACCGGAUGCGGCGCGUGCUACGCCGUGCAAUGCGUCAAGUCGCAGAUGUGCCGCCAGGAUAAGAUCGUCGCCGUGACGGCCACUAGCGAGUGCAUUGGGCAGCCGCGAUCCGGAAUUUGCCGGCCCGGGAAAAAAGGAAUAAUCAUGUCGCCGUGGGUGUACGAUCAGAUUGUGAAGAAUCGCGUCGCGGGGAAUAUUCGCGUGCGACUCGCGCGGAUCCCUUGCAAGCGACGCGGCGGGCUCGUUUUCAAGCCGGUCAUGGGGACGGAUUACUUUAUCGGGGUGCUUAUAAUGAACGCCGCGGGGCCUGGCGGAAUCGCGUCCGUGCACAUGAAAGUGGGCGGCGCGGGGUGGCUGCCCAUGGCGCGGAAUUUCGGCGGAGUUUGGUCGGCGAGCGGCGUGAAGGUCAUCGGCGUACCGAUCUCGUUUCAUGUCGUCAGCGCAAUCAAGAAGUUUAGUAUCACGGCGCUGAACAUACUGCCUGCCACGUGGCGUGUCAACGGGACGUACGUAUUCCCCAAGAACUUCCCCUUGACGGCCUAA